CCUGAUGUGUACCAGUCAAGAGAUAUUAUGCUACAACUGUAUUUAUUUUAAAUAGAAUAUAUGGAAGCAAAACAGGGAUUGUGAGAAUGCAUAAUCCUAAUGUACUGAAAUAUUGCUCUGACAAACCCUAAAUAAAAAGUGUUUUUAAUUGUUUUUAUGGCUGGUAUCAUGUCACAGCCCUGUUAUAAAUUAUGUAGGUCUCAGUGGGCUACAGACUCCACUGCAGUGGCUCUUGGAGAUACAGGAGACGCCUCUGUCUGAAACUCGAUCAUUGUUCAGAUGACCACUGCUGGAACAGCCACGCUAAUGCUUUGUUCUGUCCACAGCUCAGAUUUAUAUUACUGUUCAGUAAGCUAUUUUAGGCCUCCUUUCAGACUAAGGAUUCCUGUGUUCCAUUGUUAUCUACACUGAAAUCAGCCAUGAUUCAGUAAAGUUUUUUUUUUAACAUUUUCUAAAUCCUCUAUCCUCCUUUAAACGUUGCCUGAUCCUCAACUAGAAGAGCACCAGGGUAAAACCUUAACUAUUGCAACUGCAAAAACACUCAAAUAGCAUUCUGCUAACCUGGUUUUGAAAAACAUACUCUAGUAACUGGUGAGUGGCUGCUUUCAAAUACUUUUCUGAUGUCCCUUUUUCACACAGUCAGAGGUACUGAAGUUGCAAUAGUUUAUUCUUUGUGUUUCAAGAUGCUUUUUUCUCACGUAUGGGUAAACUUUAUACACCAACGCAGACCUCUUGACUGUGAAGCAGACAGUUCAGCAAGUAAUGAUAGACUAUGGAGUGGACAGCAGUGAACAGGUCUUCCAGGAGCUCAAAACACUCAGUUUUAUUUAUUUAUUUAAUCACACAAAUACCAAUACUUAACGAAAUGUAUUAUUUUAUAAGGAUCUUUGAAUACAAUUAGUGCAGCAAUACUUCUGGAUGUUAUAUUGGCUGGAACAUUCUUUUUCACAGGAAAUUUGUUUUUGUUUGAUAUUGCCUUGGAUCAUUUUGAUCAUGAUCAUGAUUAUAACUCUUUGGACCUUUUCUAAAAUCUUGUUUGUUGGUAGCAUGUGAGGUAAAAGUGACAGUGACAUCUUGAUGCUUGAGUUUCACUUGUGUUUUUGCAGGGCUCUUGAGAAGAAGCAGGAGAAUGGGGAGACCAUUGAGCUGUCGGCAGAGGGCCGUCCAGAGCUGAUCGAGGAGAAGGAGCUGCCCGUCAUUGAUUGUACAUGUUUUGGGUUGCCACGGCGAUACAUCAUAGCUAUUCUCUCAGGCAUUGGCUUCUGCAUCUCUUUUGGCAUCCGCUGUAACCUCGGAGUGGCCAUCGUGAGCAUGGUGAACGAGCACACAGUCUUCAGGGAUGACAAGGAGUAUAUAGAGAAAGCUGAGUUUGAGUGGGACCCUGAAACAGUGGGAAUGAUUCAUGGUUCCUUCUUCUGGGGGUACAUAGUGACCCAGAUCCCAGGAGGCUUUAUAUGUCAAAAGUUUGCAGCCAACAGGGUAUUUGGCUUUGCUAUAGUGGCCACUUCUUGCCUGAACAUGCUCAUCCCCUCAGCUGCAAAAAUGCACUUUGGCUGUGUAAUCAUUGUGAGGGUGUUCCAAGGACUUGUGGAGGGAGUCUCAUACCCUGCUUGUCAUGGUAUUUGGGCAAAGUGGGCACCACCUCUUGAAAGAAGUCGUUUGGCAACCACAGCAUUUUGUGGGUCUUACGCUGGAGCUGUGAUUGCCAUGCCUUUAGCUGGGGUCUUAGUCCAGUACACAGGAUGGUCAUCUGUGUUUUAUGUAUAUGGGACCUUUGGUGUUUUGUGGUACUGCUUUUGGAUUCUGGUGUCAUAUGAGAGUCCAGCAGCACACCCCACCAUCACAGAGGAGGAGAGGACGUACAUUGAAGAAAGCAUUGGAGAAUCCGCCCAGCAUUCAGUUACAAAAUUCAACACUCCAUGGAGAGCAUUCUUCACAUCUAUGCCUGUAUAUGCCAUUAUUGUGGCUAAUUUUUGCAGAAGCUGGACAUUUUAUCUGCUUCUUAUCAGCCAGCCUGCUUACUUUGAGGAAGUGUUUGGCUUUGAGAUUAGCAAGGUUGGCAUUGUUUCUGCUCUCCCACACUUGGUUAUGACCAUUAUUGUACCAAUUGGUGGACAAAUUGCUGACUACCUUCGAUCCAAUCACAUCAUGACAACAACCAAUGUCAGAAAACUCAUGAACUGUGGAGGCUUUGGGAUGGAGGCCACACUGCUGCUGGUGGUGGGUUUCUCUCACACAAAGGGAGUGGCCAUUACGUUCCUGGUGUUGGCAGUGGGCUUCUCUGGCUUUGCUAUUUCAGGUUUCAAUGUGAACCACUUGGACAUUGCACCGCGUUAUGCCAGUAUCCUCAUGGGCAUUUCCAAUGGUGUGGGCACGUUGUCUGGGAUGGUGUGUCCUCUGAUUGUUGGUGCCAUGACAAAGCACAAGACUCGAGAAGAGUGGCAGGGUGUGUUCCUCAUCGCUUCCCUAGUCCAUUAUGGAGGAGUUAUAUUUUAUGGCCUCUUUGCAUCUGGAGAGAAGCAGGCGUGGGCGGAGCCAGAGCAGACCAGUGAUGAAAAAUGUGGUAUCCUGGAUGAGGAUGAAUUGGCGAAUGAGACAGAAGAGCUGUACAGGACCAGCGGCGGAGGGGGGUAUGGAGCCAUGGACCAGGGGGGCGACCCCAACGGAGGAGCACCUGUGUCCGGAGGGGGCUGGGUGUCCGACUGGGAUAAAACAGAAGAGUAUGUACAACCAGAAGCCAAUAAUUGCUAUACGGGAGAACAAGAGUCAACAUAAGACUGGGCCCAGUGAGACUUUUACUUAUUAUGAAGCACUGAGGAAACUGUUUCACUAUUGUCCCUGGACUUUUAAGAGGUCGCACAUUUGAAACAGACUGUAGUCAGAUUUAUGUGUUUGUGUGUGAUUGUCUAACUCUGAGUGAGAUUUUGUGUGGCAGAUAAAAUGUCUUUGAGCCUUCCUGCAAUCUCACAAAAACUUUUUGAAAAUCUGAAUCCUAAUAUCUUAGAAAUCUACUGGUUAAUAUUGUUUGAGUCAGUUUAAUGCCUCUUAUUUGUGUUUGAUCUCACCACAGUCACUAUACAUGUUUUAGUUAUUCAUCCCACCGUAGGAAGUACCAUUAUGCAAAACUUUUGCACAAAAGGCAAUACCAGUAUUAAUCAUUGCCCUUAUUGCAUGUUAUUGGUUAAAGUAUGAGCAUUUUGCUUGUGCCAAUACUUUUUUCUUGUAGUAUUGGUUAACUGACAUGUUGACGCCCAUUCGACCUAUAGUGCAGAAAAUUGGUAAAUACUCAGUGACAUUUGAUUAUAAUCAGCCUCAAUGAGUCGGCAAGUCAAAAAGUCACUUUUUCACUGCAUGGCAAAGAUCCAUCUCUAGGAUUGGUCCGCUGCUAUGGACCUUUUUGAAUACUUUGGUUAUGUGAGUUUCUUUUAUGCUAGUUUGGUCAAAAUACAGUAUUUCCAAUAAUCAUGUAGGGUUGAUUUCACCCUAAAGAAAGCCCUUUCACAUUGAAAAUGCCUUCAAGUCUUUGGAAUGUUAUAUUUUUUACAACCCAGUGUUUCUUUUUUGAAAAUUGUGUAGACCUUUGGUUCCAAGGUGAUCGAUAAAGCUGUGUAGGUUGUUUUACUGGACAGGAGAAAGCAUCAAGCCACUUGUGGUCAUUUGAGGCUGUGUAGUGGAAAAGUGACUAAAUCACUACUAACAAAUAAGGCAAUGGAUGAAAAAAAUCACAAAAUAUUGUUGCAUUUUAGUUCUGAAUUUAUUACCAAUGUUAGUUAAUUACAUUUUGUCUGUUUUAUUUGUUACAAUGUUUACAGUGU